UUUGGGGGUGGGAGGUUUUGGUGUGAGGUUUUUGUUUUCUACACCAAAACACGCCCACCUGCUGCCUGCAAUAAGACCCUCCUGAUAGCCAAACUAUCCUGGUAACCAUGAAGUCAAGUUGCUUAUCUUUUGUUAGUUAUAAAUCGUGUUAGCCCAGUAAACUGGCUUCUGUGGAUCUUACUGACAUACCAUUUAAAAAGGUAUGAACGCAUAAAAAAAUAAUUAUCCUAAAGAAGUUGGCUUGCUACGUUUAUGGCUGAUAUAAAAUUCUUGCCCAGGAUUGUACCCGCGGGAAAAAGUCCUCUGCAUCCAUGGUACAAGGAAAGGCUCCGUAUCAAAUGUCAAAAAGCUACAAACAAACAGUGUCUCCGUGGUGGGCUGGAUGCUCGUGGUUGGCGUUUCUUAAAACCAGGCCUGGAUGAUUUCAGAAAUGGUUACCCCCCUCCAAUUGGGGAUCAAAAUUUUAUUCGGAUCCAGAGAGGUUUCUCCCCUGUCUGUGGUACCGAGACAAAGACCAGGAAGCACCUCACUAAAGAGCAGGUGUGUUUCUCCAAGGAGAACCCCCAGCAACAGGCACGCCGCCACCAUGUAGCCGAAGUGGAGUACACCCUAACCCAGCACCCCCUGGCCCUUUACCCACACCUCCAGGAGUGUAUGCCCCCAGAGUUGUUAGAUCAGGUAGUGUCUGUCCUGGACCCCGAGAUGGGCAUGAACAGUGAGGCUGCAUCAUUCCUGAUGAACGGCAGCAGAGAUCAUGCAGAUGAGUCUACAGAUGAGCAUGCAGAGCAGAAUAAGGAGCGUACGCAGGAGUCCAGCAGAGGUAUAAACACAGUGCCUCCCGCCAAGAUCAGGGCUGAUGACUCACGAGUGAAGAAUCCUUACAUACACUUACGAGUAAAGGAGAACGGUUCCAAGGAUGACCAAGGGAUUAAUGGUGAACGCUCUGAGUCACCAUCCCUGGAUGAAGAGAUUAGGAGAGUGACAAAGCAGCUCCAUGACUGGGUAGUCUCCUUGGACAGGGAGAAGGAUGACCUGACCGAGUCCACCAUGUUUAACCUGCUGGCCAGCGCAUUUGAAAUGAAGCCCCCCAGCCAGAUACAGAAGAGCCCUGUGGCAAAGCCCAGCCCCUUCCUCAAGGCCCCGGGUUCACUGCAGACUCAUGCUGGUGAGGCAGAGGAGGAGUAUGGAGGCCUGUCGCAGAGGAACAGAGCCCGAACGCUGCUGGACUUCCCCACUGGUACUAAAGAACAAGAGCGCUCUGCAACCCAAAGAAACCUGGAUGAGGAGCUUGUGCAGAGUUACACGGCUCAAGCCUUUAAGAAGUUCAUUGCCAAUAAGGGUCUGAGGGAGCCUGAGUUUCUCAGUGCGUGUGAGCAGAGAAGAGGACGAUCGCAACUUCCGGAACACUGAAUCUGGAUUUCCUCCAGAUGUGCACGCAAGAGUGGCGGCUCUCCACACCAGAUGUGUUUUUUAAAAUGCAGCCCACCAGAAGAGAGGUGGAUCCAUUGGAAACAUAAUAUUUUUAACAUUUAGUGACAGAGGAGGAAAACAUUGAAAGUGCUUUGGUGAAAGUGGUUCUUGAGUGACAUACUUGAAUAUAAAUGUUACAUCUUCCUAUGG